GGGUGCUCUCCUUCCCCCUUGCUGCCCUCUGUUGCCUCUGCUGCUGCUGCCGACCUGCUUGGUCUUGAGUCGGUCGGCGCGGCGUCUGCCCCUAGUGGGAGACGUCGCUCCAGCAAGGGCAAGGGGGCCAAGGGCGCGGGUGGAGCUGGAGGGGGCGGUGGCGGUGGGCGGCGGUGGCGGCGGAGGGAGUGGGGGGUGGCGGCGGGGACUAGUGGCGGGGGUGGUGGUGGUGGUGGCAGCAGUCGGCGGAGACGGUGGUGGUGGUGCCAGCGGUGGUGGUGGAGGCAGCGGCGGUAGGUGGAGGCGGCGGAGGUGGAGGCAGGUGGAGGCAGCAGCGGAGGAGGCAGGUAGUGGUGGAGGAGGUGGAGCUGGUCGGGGUGGUACUCAGCAGCGUAGCGGGCGGUGGUGGUGGCCAGCGCAUCGCAGCCGGCAGCAGCAGCAGCGCUCGCGGGACAUCCCUCCGCCUCAGCAGCUUCGUGAGUGGUACUGA